UUCUUCUUCUUCAAAUCAAACCUCAUCCACCCAAACACACACAAAUGUCUUGUAAUCCUCUUCUCUUAUCUUUUCUCCUUCUGAUUCCUUUUUAUACUCCCUUGAUAUUUUAUCCUAAUUUCAUUUCAUAUCCUCUGCAAUGGCGACUGCUUUGAAUGCUGCUGUCUCUCUCACUUCUUCAAAAUCUUCUUCUCUUCCAGCUACUAGCUGUGCCAUUGCUCCUGAUAGGAUCAGGUUUGGUAAGGGUGCUUUUUACUACAAAAGCAACAGUGUAGUGACAAGCAGAAGAGUUGUUUCGGUAAGAGCUGAGGUCACAACAGAUACUCCUCCUGCUGUGAAGAAAGUAGAGAAAGAGUCAAAGAAGAACGAGGAAGGUGUGAUCACCAACAAGUACAGACCAAAAGAGCCUUACACUGGCAAAGUCCUUCUCAACACCAAGAUCACAGCUGAUGAUGCCCCUGGAGAGACCUGGCACAUGGUUUUCAGCCAUCAAGGUGAAAUACCGUACAGAGAGGGCCAAUCUGUUGGUGUGAUUGCAGAUGGGAUUGACAAGAAUGGGAAGCCUCACAAGGUCAGGCUUUACUCCAUUGCAAGCAGCGCUCUUGGAGAUCUUGGCAACUCUGAAACCGUUUCCUUGUGUGUGAAAAGACUUGUGUAUACUAAUGAUGCAGGAGAGGUUGUUAAAGGAGUUUGCUCAAAUUUCUUGUGUGACUUGAAACCAGGGAGUGAUGUUAAGCUCACUGGUCCUGUAGGGAAAGAAAUGCUUAUGCCAAAGGAUCCAAACGCCACUGUUAUUAUGCUUGCCACAGGGACAGGAAUAGCACCUUUCAGGUCUUUCUUGUGGAAGAUGUUCUUCGAGAAACAUGAUGACUACAAGUUUAAUGGCUUAGCUUGGCUGUUCUUGGGUGUACCAACGACUAGUUCAUUGCUCUACACAGAGGAGUUUGAUAAGAUGAAAGCAAAGGCACCUGAGAAUUUCAGGGUUGAUUACGCUAUAAGCAGAGAAGAAACUAACGACAAAGGAGAGAAAAUGUAUAUCCAGACCAGAAUGGCGCAGUACGCACCAGAGUUAUGGGAGUUGUUGAAGAAAGACAACACGUUUGUCUACAUGUGUGGGCUCAAGGGAAUGGAGAAAGGAAUUGAUGACAUUAUGGUCUCAUUAGCUGCUAAUGACGGAAUUGACUGGUUUGAUUAUAAGAAGCAGUUGAAGAAGGCAGAGCAAUGGAACGUUGAAGUCUACUGAUUAACGUUUGGUGGCAAGUAUAGUGGAGCAACAAGUGUAAUUUUUGCAUCCAAGUUUCUGUAAUCUGAAGAUAAGCUUUGUUUUAGAUAUAUUAUAAUAAAGAAAAGUGUUUUUUAAAAAAAAAUCUUUAUCAUUAUCCAUUGCCAUUAUACUGCUUUGGUAUUACAUUGACA